AUGGGUAUCUCUGCGAUUGCAUGGCUCUUGGUAGUCAGCCAGCCUCUGCUAAGUGGUGCACUACCUACCCCAUCGCCACCUGGAAUACCUUCUACGUCAACAGCAACUAGCGAGCUUGCGGGAUUGACUGUUGCUGCACAGGGAUCGCAGGAUGGAUACAGUCGGACUCUGUUUCCCCAUUGGAUCACUCAAAGCGGUUGUAAUACACGGGAAGUCAUCUUAGCGCGAGAUGGGACAAAUGUGGUGCAAAGCUCCAGCUGCGCUGCAACCAGCGGGACAUGGUACUCUCCGUACGACGGGGCUACUUGGUCUGCUGCAAGUGACGUUGACAUUGACCACGUUGUUCCGUUGUCCAAUGCAUGGAAGUCCGGUGCCGCUAGCUGGACCACAGCAGAUCGUCGGGCUUUUGCCAAUGAUCUGACCAACCCUCAGCUCCUUGCGGUCACCGACAGCGUCAAUUCGUCAAAGGGAGACAAGGGCCCAGAAGAUUGGAAACCUCCUUUGGCGUCGUAUCAUUGCACUUACGCCAAGAUGUGGGUGAAGGUCAAGUCCGUUUACAAGCUCACUGUGACGUCCAAGGAAAAGGCUGCUCUUGUUGAGAUGUUGGACACCUGUUAA